CCCAGACGGCGACCCGUACGGAUCCGAAUCUAGCCCGGGAACUAAGAGUUAGAGGAGCGAGAUCCACGAGUUUACCGAUUCCGGACGGCCUCGCGACCGGCAAGAUGUGCUCCCUGGGGUUGUUCCCUCCGCCGCCGCCUAGGGGUCAAGUCACCCUCUACGAGCACAAUAACGAGUUGGUGACAGGCAAUAGCUAUGAGAGUCCGCCUCCUGACUUCCGGGGCCAGUGGAUCAAUCUUCCUGUUCUGAACCUGACUAAGGAUCCCCUGAAGACCCCUGGGAGGCUGGACCAUGGCACAAGAACUGCCUUCAUCCACCACCGGGAGCAGGUGUGGAAGAGAUGCAUCAACAUAUGGCGUGAUAUGGGCCUUUUUGGGGUGCUGAAUGAAAUUGCGAACUCGGAGGAAGAGGUGUUUGAGUGGGUGAAGACGGCGUCCAGCUGGGCCCUGGCACUCUGUCGAUGGGCCUCCUCCCUCCACGGGUCCCUGUUCCCCCACCUGUCCCUCAAGAGUGAAGAUCUGAUUGCCGAAUUUGCCCAAGUCACAAACUGGUCCAGCUGCUGCCUGCGGGUCUUUGCGUGGCACCCCCACACCAACAAGUUUGCGGUGGCCCUGCUUGAUGACUCAGUCCGCGUGUAUAAUGCCAGCAGCACUAUAGUCCCCUCCCUGAAGCACCGGCUGCAGCGAAAUGUGGCGGCUCUGGCCUGGAAGCCCCUCAGUGCUUCUGUCUUGGCUGUGGCCUGCCAGACCUGCAUUCUCAUCUGGACCCUGGACCCCACCUCUUUGUCUACCCGUGCUUCGCAGGGCUGUGGGAGAAGCAGACCUAAGGUCAGCGUCAAGGGGGCCUUCCUGUCACAUCCAUUUCUUACAGGAAAUCCACGCGUCCAGGAUGGUAAACCAGUCAUCCUCCUUUUUCGCACUCGAAACAGCCCUGUGUUUGAGCUGCUUCCUUGUGGCGUUAUCCAGGGGGAGCCAGGGGCCCAGGCACAGCUCAUCGCUUUCCAUCCUUCCUUCAACAAAGGGGCUCUGCUCAGUGUGUGCUGGUCCACAGGCCGAAUUGCCCACAUCCCUCUGUACUUUGUCAAUGCCCAGUUUCCACGUUUCAGCCCAGUGUUUGGCCGAACCCAGGAGCCCCCAGCUGGGGGUGGAGGCUCUAUUCAUGAUCUGCCCCUCUUUACUGAGACAUCCCCAAUCUCUGCUCCAUGGGACCCUCUCCCUGGGCCACCACCUGCCCAGCCCCACUCCCCUCACUCCCACUUCUAAUAAUAAUAAUAAAUUCCCUUCUUUGUUUUCCACUCA